GAACCGCGAGACAGGACAGAUGAGAAACUGCCUGCAUCUGGAAACAUUGAGGAGAAAAGGAGGCUUGACUCCAGUCAGUCAUCGGCGGUAAGACACCUCCUGCUUGCGUUACAUUCACCGGUCACCAUCAUUCCGACUGCUGGAGGAGGAGAGAGAUCGUGUGCUUUACAGCAGCUGCACCUGACUGAUCUUGGAGAUACCUCAGUUUUAUUUGGCCAGUCUUUAUUGACUACUUCCUGAAGCAUAAUCAAAAUUCCAUUGGCUUUCCUUGUUUUCCCCUUCAAUUUCGGGAGAGGACUUUGCCUAGAAGGACCUUAUCAUUCCAGACUGCUGGCGUUGGAUGUUGAUUGUUGUUCAAACAGAAGUGACACGGCUUUUGGGAGCAACCCUGGACACCCGGUGUCGUGUCUGGAAGUGUUCAAAGAAUCGGCUACAUACAGAGAGAGAAAAGAAGAAGAAGAAGCGAAGGACAGUUUAGUGAUGAAUCUCCGCAUGGACAGUCAAAUCCGGUGAGGUCUGCAGUUCUUCUGCUCCUGUCCCCCAACCCCUCAGCCACUUUAAAAACCCAACCAGUCACAAGACACCAUCUCCAAGGAUACUCUCUGGACCUUAAUAUCCAUAGGACGGGUACAAACAGGAAGGCCCAGAGGAAGUGGAGAGUGUGGGCAGGAUGUGGGGGGGAGUGAGACUGCAGGUGAUCUUCUUGUGUUUGGGGGCUGCACUAUGGAGUGCUGCGGUGACAGCAGCGCACAGGGGCUCAGGACUGAGGGAGCGUGGCCAUCACCGACAUCCCUCCUUACACAGACACAGAGAGAGAGGCAAAGAGGGCCAAGUGCUUCACCGCUCCAAACGAGGCUGGGUUUGGAACCAGUUCUUUGUCAUUGAGGAGUACACAGGCCCAGAUCCAGUCUUAGUAGGACGUCUUCAUUCGGAUGUAGAUUCAGGGGAUGGAAACAUUAAAUACAUUCUUUCAGGGGAAGGUGCUGGUACUAUUUUUGUCAUUGAUGACAAAACAGGCAACAUUCAUGCCACAAAGACUCUGGACAGAGAAGAACAGGCACAAUAUACCCUGACCGCCCAGGCCGUGGCCAGAGAUACCAACAAGCCCCUGGAGCCUCCCUCCGAGUUUAUUGUCAAGGUGCAGGACAUCAACGACAAUCCCCCAGAAUUCCUCGCCGGCCCAUACUACGCUAGCGUGGCAGAGAUGUCCAAUGUCGGUACUUCAGUGAUAAAGGUCACAGCUACAGACGCAGAUGACCCCACAUACGGCAACAGCGCCAGGCUGGUCUACAGCAUCCUACAGGGGCAGCCAUAUUUUUCCGUGGAGCCACAAACAGGAAUUAUUCGGACAGCUCUUCCCAACAUGGACAGAGAGGCCAGGCAGGAGUAUGACGUCGUCAUCCAGGCCAAGGACAUGGGUGGACACAUGGGUGGUCUGUCAGGAACCACUCAGGUUAAAAUCACCCUGACUGAUGUCAAUGACAACCCGCCAAAGUUUACUCAGGGUGUGUACGCCAUGUCGGUCUCGGAAGACAAGGUUCCUGGUGAAGAGGUGGGCCGGCUGAAGGCCAAAGACCAGGACUUGGCAGAGAACGGGCUGGUGGAUUAUCGCAUUUUGGAGGGUGAUGGAAUGAACAUUUUUGAGAUCACCAAAGACUCCGAGACCCAGGAGGCUGUCGUCAAACUGAAGAAGCCUGUGGACUUUGAGACCAAACGCUCGUACACACUGAAGGUUGAGGCCUCCAACACACACGUGGAUCCGCGUUUCAUUGCCUGGGGCCCAUACAAAGAUACCACCAUUGUGAAAAUAGCAGUGGAAGAUGCAGACGAACCCCCGGCCUUCAUGGCUCCCAACUACAACUUUGAGGUGGAGGAGAACGCCCCAGCAGGCACUUUGGUUGGUCGAGUGCAUGCCAAAGACACUGACUUGAUGAACAGCCCAAUAAGAUAUAUGAUCCCACGCUACACAGACUUGGAAGAAUUCUUUACUGUUAAUUCCGAGGACGGCAUUAUUAAGACCACAAGACCUUUAGAUCGGGAAGCACAAGCUUGGCACAACAUCUCUGUCAGUGCUACAGAGAUUGGCGGACAUCACCAAGAUGCAAAAGUACGAGUGAAUAUUAAAGUCAAAGACGUGAAUGACAACGCUCCAGAAUUUGCAACUCAAAAUGAAGUGUUUGUGUGUGAGAACGUCAGCCCUGGCAGACUCAUCGAGACGGUUAGUGCUGUGGAUAAGGAUGAAAUGUCCCACCGCCAGCACUUCCACUUCAACCUGGCCCCCGAGGUCUCCAACAACCAAAAUUUCUCCCUCAAGGACAACAGAGACAGCACCGCUAGUAUAUUUGUCAUCCGGAAGGGAUUCAGCAGAAUGACCCAGGAUGUGUAUCAUCUUCCUAUCGAGAUCAAUGACAACGGCAUGCCACCAAUGAGCAGCACCAAUACCCUGAUAGUCCGCGUGUGCAGCUGCGACAGCAAGGACACGAUCCUGUCUUGCAACGUGGAGCCUUUAAUCUUGACAACUGGGCUCAGCACCGAAGCCCUGAUCGCCAUCUUGGCCUGCAUUGUUAUUUUACUUGUGAUCGUGGUGCUGUUUGUGGCCCUGCGUCGUCAGAAGAAAGAGCCUUUGAUCGUGUUUGAGGAGGAAGACAUUCGAGAGAACAUCAUCACCUAUGAUGACGAGGGAGGCGGAGAGGAGGACACAGAGGCGUUUGACAUCGCCACCUUACAGAACCCGGACGGUGCCAACGGCUUCUUGCCUCGUAAGGACAUCAAACCCGAGCUGCAGUAUGCCUUGCGUCCCGGUAUGAGGCCAAUCGGCAACAGCGUGGACGUGGACGAUUUUAUCAAAACACGGAUUUCCGACGCAGACAAUGAUCCCACGGCACCCCCGUAUGACUCCAUUCAGAUCUACGGUUACGAAGGCAGGGGCUCGGUCGCCGGCUCGCUCAGUUCCUUGGAGUCAGUAACAACAGAUUCGGACCUGGACUACGAUUACCUCCAAAGCUGGGGGCCACGCUUCAAGAAACUCGCAGAUCUUUACGGCUCCAAAGACUCGGCCGAUGACAACUCUUAACGUUCACUCAAAUGAGUCCUUUUUCAUCUCCCUCCACGCUGCCCUCCUCCACCAAAUGUGUGUUCUUCGUGAAGUUUACUAUAAGUAUUCCAUGAGUUUAUCGAUUAUAGUAAACUUUAGGUUGUUUGUUAGCUUCGAGUAUACGUGCAGUAUACUAGACACGUAAGGGUCAUAGGUACGAUCACAAUGUGCUGUGGGGGAGCAAGAAGGGUAGAAAUAAAAAUUCACAAAAAGAUAAACAAAAGAUACACCUCCGCGGGAUGUGUUGGCGUGUAUGAAAUCAAGGAAUAUGUGACGAUGUUGUUUUAGAACUAAAGAACAUUAUAUUUCACUUUUAAUGUUUAUAGGUUCCUACAGGUUUGAGGUUAUGGAUAUGGAUCACAGACAGACGUGGAUUUGUUGAUACUGUGAAUGAGCUCACGAAGAAAAAAAAAAGAAAAAAAAACAGUUGCCUUAUUAAGAAAUCUGGAGAGAACGUCAGCAAAUUAAGACUUGUAACGUCUGUAGCGCCUCCAUAUUGUCUUUGGAGAUAUUGUCCAAACAGGUCCUCUUGUUUUUUUUUUUGUUUUUUUUGUUUUUAUAUUUGGAAGCUGAUGGAUCCAGCAAAAUAGUGUUUCUGUCAUCUAAAAAUAAACUUCAGCCCAGUUCCAUCUGCGAACAAUCACGAAGACCUGUGAGCUCGAAAAUCGCCUUAACUAAUGGACACUCUUGCAACACAGUGCAUUUUUUUGUAACUUGAAAGCUAUAUCCUAAAGCAAGCUAAAGUCCUUAUAACGUAUGUACAGUACAAUGUGCAAAAUAUGUCUCUUGAGGAUCAAUCCUUCACCUAUCAGUUUAUGUAAAUCUCUUUUUUAAUUAUGAUAAAAUCACUAUGACUAUCAUUAUUUUCAGUUUUCUUUCUUUUUUCGUUUUUCUUUAAUGGCUUAUUUGAUUCUCCUUUGCGAGAAACUAGCAGUCCGUCCUGUCACGGUGAGAACUGGCUAAUUUUUAUGUCAAUUUUAUGGUAACUAUUUGUACAAUUUUAAAAGUUCUUAUUUUAGUAUACAUACAAAUAUCAGUAUUUCAACAUGUAAGGAAAAUAUUACAGGCAUCACACUUAUAUUUUAUGAACAUUGUACUGUUGCUUUAUUAUGUGCUUCAAUCCAAGGAGCAAAAAACUUUGAAAUAAAUGCUCUUUUUAUAAAAAGAUCAAUGGCGGUAAUAAA